AUGGCGAAUGCAAACUAUACCAAUUCUCAGUCGAAACCAGAUGAUAUUCAACAAUACUUCGGAUUUCUUCCUCCUAAUUCAAUAGCACAAAUGCAAUCGACUGAUUAUCAAAAACGUAUCGAAUGCAGUCAAGAAAUAUUAGAAUACGUGCCAACAAUUCCAGUUGAGGAAAUAGAUUUUGAUGGUUUCUUGCGAUUUAUUCAACAAUACGUCACCGAUGCUAAUCUAAAAGUUGCUCAAAACUGUUCAUUAAUUAUUGAGGAAGUUAUAACGGAAUUGAAAAAGGCAGGAAAUAUUCAUGUACGCCUUUGCGUAUCGAUAGCCUUUGAUCAAUUAAAGGACAAUCGUAGAUUCGUUAUACAAUUAGGCGGUGCCGUUAUUGGUGAUUUACUUCGAGCAACAGAUCAAAAAACUGUUUUUGAAGAAAUUGUUCGAUCAUCAGCUAGCGCACCAUCUAAUUUACUUUCUCAGAUAUACAAAACUUUGCCAAAUUUGAUACAACAAAAUGCGUUGAAUCCUAGUAUUCUAAUAGACUAUUCGGCAUUCUUCGAUACAGGUUUAACAACUCAAGAUGAAAACGUUAAACAAAGCGCUUUGUGGUGUCUUGAAUAUCUAAAAGCUAAUUUUUCAGAAAUCUAUGAUCGGUUGUACAAUCUUCUAUCAUCGCAAGCUUCUCGUAUGAUAGGCCGUUCUUCUCACAAUCCAGCUACGGCAAUACCUAAAAAUAGAGAAUUCGGACCGCAAGUAAUUCGACAAAUUAAUACAGCAGGUGCCGUUGAGGCAGCCAAAAUUAAUAUGACUAUGUCUCAAAAAGGUUACCGAAGACCACUUUUGCCUUCACAAGGAGCAGGCAGAUUAUUAUCUAAAUCACGACCUAUUACAUCAACAUUUCCUAAUGCUCCUGGUCAGGAUGCCAACGAUACAUUUAAUUUCGAACCAGUUUCUCUCCCAGUUCAAGAUCGAAUUAUUCCUCCUCAAACAACAUUUAAUGACGAUGAAGUGAUCUUUGAACCACCAGAGCAAGAAGAUAGUGGACUUCUUAAAGGAGGAGCCAAAACAGGGCCAGUUUUCAGAACUCGUGAUAUUAAAACAGAUUUGAAUAAUCCUUUAUUCGAUACGGAGCUAGAACUCGAUGAAACGAAGCCAAAAGUAGGUCAUGCUCACUUCGAUGCUGCAGUUCUCGAUGAAGUUCCCGCUGUAUCAUCUGGAUUUAGGCAACCAAAGCCGAUUCGUGCCAAGGUACACAAAGAAUACGAAGAACUCCCUUCAGCCAACUUUGGAGGCUCUCACUUCGAUGAAAACGCGUUUAAUGAAAUCAAAGCUGAGAAAAAGCAAGAUCCUUUCAGGGAAAGACGCUCUGGUCUUAAAAAGAGACUUAUUAAUCUUGAAGAGAACAAAGAAGAGAGCUCAAGCCGCGAAAAUGCGAUUCAAUCCGAAUCAAUUCCACCGAACAAAAAGAAAGGCGUCGUGAAUUUCGAUGGUUUACUUGUUUCCAAUGCCGAAGCCAACAACAGUAGUCGUGAAAACGUUACUCCAGAAAAGAAACGUCCAAAAGCAAAACCACACGUUGAAAUUCACGAUCCAGAUUCUCGUCCUAUCAAGACAAGUGGUGCAUAUGACAUUGGCGAAGACUUAACAAUCGAUGCCGCCUUGUCCGCACCAAUUCCUAAGGCUAAGCCACGUCCUAGAUCUGUCAGAACUACUACAGCUAAAGAAAGAAAAACAGAAAAACCUCCACCAUCAUCACCUCCUGUUCCCAAGACUCCAACGCCUGCACAAUACUUGGAAGACCUACAGAGCGAUGAUUGGGAGAAGCAGAACAAAGCUAUUGAAGCAUUACUCGGUGGUUGCGCACCAAAAGACUUGAUAAAGAGCAGUCUUAGAACAUCAAUGUCAGCUUUGCUUGAAUGCGCUCAAUCAACACGUACAGCCUUAUCUAAGAACGCUUUGAACUUAGUCUUGCAGUGGAUAAAAGACAAAGAUAUAAGCGUUGCAGGAGUAGCUGAUGUGUUGGGUACGAGACUCUUAAAACUCAUGCAAAGCCAAUCUUCUCAUCACUUCAUUCAGGAUUUGACAGGUGAAUGCUUUUUGUCACUUUUGGAAAACGUGCCAGAUACAAGGCAAUGCGCCAUAAUUUCAAGGGAACAUAAGAGUCCAUAUGCUGCUGGUCGUGCUUUAGUUGCUCUUGGUGCUGAGAAGUCUGUUGAAAGGAUAGAAGAUCCAACACCUUUGUUAGUUCCUUUGGCUUACAUGGUUAAAGAUGCUGACCAAGAAACAAGAAAACACGCAAAAGUAGCAAUAAAACAUAUAGCCGCUAAGAAGAGGAACUUCGUGGAAUAUGUUAAAUCAAAUGUUUCAUCACAAGAAGAUCAGAAUAAUCUUAUCAAGGCUUCAACAGCACCUUAA